AUGGCGAUGUUCAUGCACGUUCGUGAACGUAAGUUAUAUCGUGAGCGUCGGCACGUCAGUGACAAACAACUUUUACGGUUUGAGGAUGAAAGCAUUAAUUUUUUGACCGCUGAAUUUCUGCCUGAAAGUGAUGAGACAAGAGGAGGGGCUUUGACACCAAGGGGGAAAAUGGAAAUUUUUUUACGCGCUGUGGCUGAUCCAGGAUUUCAAAUUGGAGUGGCUGAAGAUGUCGGAGUCGAUCGCUCAACGGUUUGUAAAACCUUUCACUAUGUUAUGGACUGUAUUACUGACCGAGCACAUCAUUGGAUUAAAUUUCCGAAUUCAGUGAGAAAAAUAAAUGAUGCUCAACUCUUGUGGCAGACCCGUUUUAGGCUGCCUUCGGUUAUUGGUGCACUUGACUGUACACAGAUUGAAAUUCUGAAACCUAGAUUGUUUGGUGAUGAAUAUGUGUGCCGGAAAGGAUACCCGAGUAUAAACGUGCAGGCAACUGGUGAUGCGACCGAACAAUUCACCAGCAUCUGUGCAGAAUGGCCGGGUAGUGUUCACGACUCGAGAAUUUGGAGAAAUAGCCAGGUAAGAGAGGUUAUAGCCAGAUAUGAUGGGGCUGCUUGUCUGUUGGGAGACUCGGGGUAUGGCAUUUCACCUUGGCUUAUUACUCCCUUCAAACCUCCCCGCAAUCAAGACGAAAUACAAUUUAAUCGUCUGCACGCUCAAGAAAGAGUUAUUGUUGAAAGAGUUUUCGGUCAAGUUAAAAAAGGUUUCCUAUAA